UGCCGAAAUAUUUUCUACCGAAAUACUUUUCCCUAUUUCAAUGAAUUCUUCCACCGUCCACGCCUACCACGCGAAAAACACCGUUAAGCUACAGCUGAAAGAGUCUGGGCCUGGCUCGCAGAUUCCCUUUGCUAGCCUUGUCACCUCGACGCCUGAACUCAGGGAUAAACACCGCUUCAGCCUGCAUCCGCUGCUGUUCAACAAUGUCCUCCAGAACAUGUAUCUUGGCCAGGCCGACUUUUCCAAAGUACACACUGUGUACUACGGCCGCCGGAUUAUUGAGUCGACAUAUUUGCCCGGCCAGUUUACGCUCGACUACCACGUGGACCCUGAAGAUCCCGAAGUCUUUGCCCAACGCUCCUUGGCCACACAGCCCGAAAACUAUCCGAAACUGCAUCCCAGAACCAGAUACUACACGGAGCAAGAAAUAAGCCAGGUGCACAAGAAGUGGCGGGAAAACAUGCUUCCCAUAGUGCUGGUGUUGCAUGGGCUUUCUGGCGGCUCUCACGAGCAGAAUAUCCGCUCGAUCGUGAACCAUCUGGAGGGCACCGCUAACGUGGCUGUUCUCAACAGCAGAGGCUGCGCGCGGUCUAAAAUCACCACUCCAACGCUCUUUUCGGGCCUGCAUACCGACGAUCUGCGGCAGACCGUGCAGGAUCUGCGCAGCCUGUUCCCAGACAGACAGUUGCAUCUCGUUGGUGUUUCUCUAGGUGGACUGAUUUUGAGCAACUAUUUAGCCGAGGAGUCAGACAAGUCCCUGGUCACGAGCGCGUUCACUGUUGGAGCACCAUGGAACUUGCAAAGCGACAUGGAAGCGCUAACCCGCUCCGUUGCAGGCAGAUAUAUGUUUGAGCCGUACAUUCGAAAGAUCCUACUACGAGUGCUCAAGUCGAACAUUCAGGGCCUAAAGGCCAAUCCAGACUUUGACGAACAGGAGUUCCUAGAUCUAUACAAAAACGCGACACACGUGUCCCAGAUUGACGACCGCUACACGUGUCGCGAGGCAGGUCUUCCUUCGGCCUCCACGUACUACAUGGCAGCGUCUCCGCUGAUCAGGAUUUUCAAGAUUAAGACGCCAAUGGUGAUUUUGAACUCGCUGGAUGACCCGUUCCUCAGCUGCAACUAUCCUAUCGCCGAAGUGCAGCGCAACCCGUAUCUCUACAUGGCUAGCACUGAUAAGGGGGCCCACUAUGCCUAUGUGGACCCCAAGGGAGACAUGUGGUACUCGCCGGUCAUCAAGAAGUACAUUGAGUCUUGGAAGGACAUCAAAAACGAUCGUCCAGACGAUGGCGGAUUCACUGUGAAACAGACCAAAUUCAAAGACGUUAUAGAUUUAUACUGAGCA